GCGGCGUUUCCUUCCCGUGUGAGGCUGGCUGAGGGCUCCUGCUGCCUCAGUGUCCACCCUGGGGUUAAUCAAGAUGGUACAUGCUGAAGCUUUUUCUCGUCCCUUGAGUCGGAAUGAAGUUGUUGGUUUAAUUUUCCGUUUGACGAUAUUUGGUGCAGUAACAUACUUUACAAUCAAAUGGAUGGUAGAUGCAAUUGAUCCAACCAGAAAGCAAAAAGUAGAAGCUCAGAAACAGGCAGAAAAAUUAAUGAAACAGAUUGGUGUGAAAAAUGUGAAGCUUUCAGAAUAUGAAAUGAGUAUUGCUGCUCAUCUAGUAGACCCUCUUAACAUGCAUGUUACUUGGAGUGAUAUAGCAGGUUUAGAUGAUGUCAUUACGGAUCUGAAAGACACGGUCAUCUUACCCAUCAAAAAGAAGCAUUUGUUUGAAAAUUCCAGGCUUCUGCAGCCUCCAAAGGGUGUGCUUCUCUAUGGGCCUCCAGGCUGUGGUAAAACAUUGAUUGCCAAGGCUACUGCCAAAGAAGCAGGCUGUCGAUUUAUUAACCUUCAGCCUUCAACGCUGACCGAUAAGUGGUAUGGAGAAUCUCAGAAACUGGCGGCUGCUGUCUUCUCCCUUGCCAUAAAGCUGCAGCCGUCCAUCAUUUUUAUAGAUGAAAUAGACUCCUUUCUGCGAAACCGUUCAAGUUCUGACCAUGAAGCCACAGCCAUGAUGAAAGCUCAGUUUAUGAGUCUGUGGGAUGGACUGGACACUGAUCACAGCUGCCAGGUCAUAGUGAUGGGAGCUACUAACCGUCCUCAGGAUCUUGACUCAGCCAUCAUGAGAAGAAUGCCCACAAGAUUUCAUAUCAACCAGCCUGCUCUAAAACAAAGAGAAGCAAUCCUGAAACUCAUCUUGAAAAAUGAAAAUGUGGACAGGCACGUGGAUCUGCUCGAAGUUGCCCAGGAAACAGAUGGCUUUUCCGGCAGUGACCUGAAGGAGAUGUGCAGGGAUGCAGCACUCCUCUGUGUCAGGGAGUAUGUGAAUUCUGCAUCCGAAGAAAGCCACGAUGAGGAUGAAAUCCGGCCCGUGCAACAACAGGACCUGCAUCGGGCAAUUGAAAAAAUGAAGAAAUCAAAGGAUGCAGCAUUUCAGAAUGUUUUAACACAUGUUUGUUUAGAUUAAGAGUAAAGAUCAUUUGUACAGUUCAGUGUGAUCUAGUUCGAUGCGCUCUCUUACCAUCAGUGGAAAUAGAAUGAAAAGAGAAAUGUUCUUCACCCAGUGAGAGAGUUCAAUGUUCCUGACACUGGUUUUAUACUCUGAAUUCUAAGUUAUUGAGAAACAGUUGUUGUAUAAGCGGUAUUACUACUUGUCAGAAAUCAUGAGGAGGAACAGUUUGAUCCAGCAUGAGUGGGUGCUUGUGUUUGACCUCUGUAGCCAUACGUUGCAGCCUUAGAGCAUCUAAGCUGGUCUCAAAGAUGAUUCACUGAGUCAUUCGUGAGAAAGGGGGAUGUGAGUGUGUGUGUGUGUGUGUGUGUGUGUGUAUUAAAUGUAUAUAUUCACACAUUUUAUAUUGAUAUUAUGUAGAUAUGUUUGAAUACAAAACUUUUUUUUUACCCCAACUACUGAAUCAGAAAGUACCAAACAGUAUAUAGCAAAA